AUGAACUCAACAACUGGACAAGGACAAUCAUCAUGCAGAAACCAUGUGGAGGAUUUUGGGGAGCCAAUUGCUAUCGUUGGUAUGGCAAUGCGGCUACCGGGCGAUGUUCGAUGUGGAAAUGAAUUUUGGGAAAUGCUCGUGCAAAAACGAGACGGCUUUUGUGAAGCACCUCCCUCGCGCUGCUCCAGAGAGGCGUCCAGCAGGUCCGAUUGUGGAGACCUGAGCGAAACGAGAAAAGGGUUCUUUUUGCAAGAAGAUCCAGCUUGUUUUGACGCUUCCUUCUUCUCUGUUCCUCCCCACGAGGCGGCGCGCCUGGACCCCCAGCAACGGCUCUUGCUAGAGGUGGUUUGGGAGUGUCUGGAGAACUCAGGGGAGACCAAGUGGCGCGGGAAAAAUAUCGGUUGCUUUGUCGGGGUUUUUGGGGAAGAUUGGCUAGAGAUAUCGCAUAAAGAUCCCCAGCAUCUGAAUCAGGUAUAUCCCAUCGGCACCGGUGGUUUCGCAUUGGCAAACCAAAUAUCCUAUCGUUUUAAUAUCUCGGGCCCGAGCAUGACCAUUCAAACAGCUUGCUCUUCAUCCCUGGUCUGUCUGCACGAGGCCUGUCAAGCACUCAGAUCUGGAGAGUGCUCCUCAGCUCUGGUAUGCGGGACAAGCCUUAUAUGGAGCCCCACCAUGACAGAUGCCAUGACCAAAAACAUGGUUUUAUCACCAAGUGGUAUAUCUCAUACCUUCGAUGCUGAGGCAGAUGGGUACGGUCGUGGCGAGGGGAUCAACUGCAUAUAUCUCAAACCACUGCGGGGAGCCAUUCGUGAUAACGACGCCAUCCGUGCUGUCAUCCGCUCCACAGUGAGCAACCACGACGGAAAGACCCCUAACCUUACUCAACCCUGUCCUAUAUCUCAAGAAAAAUUGAUCCGACACGCGUAUCAGAUUGCGGGAAUUGAGGCAGUUCACGAGACACCCGUUUUUGAAUGCCAUGGGACUGGAACAGCCGUCGGCGAUGUCAUCGAAGCCUCAGUAGUUGCAAAGAUGACCCAAGGAGACGCAACAUAUAUCACUGCAGUCAAACCAAACGUCGGUCACUCAGAGGGUGCCUCAGGUAUCACAAGCAUCAUCAAGUCCGUUUUGUCACUGGAACGCAAGACGAUCCCACCUAAUACCCACUUCAAAACGCCGAAUCCCCAGAUUCCAUUCAAAGAGGCAAAUCUCCACGUGCCCCUAGAACCGACUCCUUGGCCUGCUGGCAGACCCGAACGGAUCAGCGUGAAUUCGUUCGGUAUUGGGGGAUCCAAUGCCCACGCCAUUCUCGAGUCCGCCUCAACAGUCUCUCUGAAGUCUCAAACCACACCGCUUGGAUUUUCCAAUCCACAACUCUUGGUCUUGUCUGCGCACACUGCAGACACGCUUCGCAAGCGCAUUGGCCAGAUCACCGACUAUGUAAAGAAUCACCCGGACCGCCUCCAUGAUCUUUCGUACACUUUGGCUGCGCGGAGGUCGCAUCUCUCCCACCGGGCUUUCGCGGUGGUUCAGCCGAGUAACCCUACACUAGAUGAUACAGCGUUCUUGAUGUUUAACACUAGUUCCUCAAAUGUCGUAUUUGUGUUUACGGGCCAGGGAGCUCAAUGGCCUGGGAUGGGCCUGAGGCUUCUGUCUAGCUUCCCAGGGUUCAAGGAGGAUAUCAAAAGGAUGGACGAGGCACUCCAGCAGCUACCCGACGCCCCAGAUUGGUUAUUAUAUGACGAACUAACCCAAGAGAGUUCAAUUUCCCGGGUUCACGAAGCCGAGUUCUCUCAACCUCUCUGUAUUGCCCUUCAAAUCGGCCUUGUAAAUAUCCUUCGGGCCUGGGGAAUCGAGCCAUCCACAGUUGUCGGGCAUUCGAGCGGAGAGAUUGUGGCUGCGUAUGCUGCCCGAGCCAUUUCGAUGAGAACUGCUAUUGUUAUAGCAUACUAUCGAGGUAAAGUUGCAAAACCGAUGGAAGGCUUGGGCGCUAUGGUGGCUGUCGGCCUUGCCCCGGAUAAAGUGACCCAAUACUUAACACCUGGAGUGGUUGUUGCCUGCCACAAUAGUCCACAUAGUGUCACCUUAUCAGGAGAUAAAGAUUCGGUUGAGCGUGUGAUUGAAAGCAUUAAGACGGCAAAUCCAGAUACACUGUGCCGGCGGCUUGCAGUGAAAAUUGCCUAUCACUCUGACCACAUGAAACAGAUUGGCUCUGAAUAUGAAUAUUGUAUCUCUAACCAUAUUGAGCAUGAACAGGAGAUGCUUCCUUUCUGUUCCAGCGUGACUGGCGAAACGAUCACCGACCCUCGCAAACUAGAUGCAUCAUACUGGCGACAAAAUCUGGAGUCACCAGUGCUGUUCACUGAGGCUAUCCAAAGUCUACCUGCUAGUGGGACACCGGUCUUCCUAGAAGUUGGGCCACACUCAGCCCUUGCCGCUCCCCUGCGACAACUCUUCCGAACUCUGCCAGCGAGGUCACCGGUCUACAUCCCCACUUUAUUUAGGUAUGACGAGGAUGUCCAAAGCCAGCUACUCAGGACAGCGGGACAGGCCUAUGCAAGUGGGAUGGGAGUGAAUCUGCCAAGCAUAACAGAACCGGGGAACACGUUGACAGACCUUCCACCUUAUCCUUGGCAACAUGAUCGCCCCUACUGGAGUGAGAGUCGACUGAGUAGGGAGUGGAGGCAGCGCAAGUUUCCACACCAUGAGAUCCUCGGUUCACGGGUCGUCGAUACAACCGAUCAUGGGCCUUCUUGGCGCAAUCUAGUCACGCUGGACAAUGUUCCCUGGCUCUUGGAUCAUGUAAUCCAAGGGGCCGUCACAUUUCCUGGUGCUGGAUUUGUGGCCAUGGUAGGCGAGGCGGUCCAACAGCUGCAUCCGGACAACGACAGCUAUUCAGUGCGCAAUACAACAUUUACAACGCCGCUACUAUUUCACGAGGGAGACCAGAUCGAGAUAGUGACUAGCCUCUGUCCGGUCGAAGUGGCUGAUAGGGUCUCAUCCGGUUGGUACAGUUUCAAAGUCAUGGUCCAUGACGGGGAAAGAUGGACACUACAUUGUCAAGGUCAAGUAAGACCUGGGUUCGAUCAUCCCCCAGAGCCAUUCCCAAUCUCUUCGUAUAAGCGGGCUGUGCCAUCUGAAGGUCUGUAUCGAGUGCUUCAAAGGAGCGGAAUAGAUUACGGUCCUCAGUUUCAAGGCCUGGAGCAGAUCACAGCAGAUCCCACUGGACCAAGGGCAACCGCGACUGUCCUGGGUAACCGUGGACUACCUGGGAGUAGGUAUUCGCUGCAUCCCACGGCGAUUGAUCAAUGUCUCCAACUCAUGGGUGUGGCCUGUGCUCAGGGCUUGCCGCGGAACCUCACCACCAUUUAUGUUCCAGCUAUGAUAGACUACUUGUUCGUUGGACCAGGGGGCCCACCUAUGCCAGCAAGCGCCCGAACCAAGAGUGGCACAAGGGAUGGCCAACUGGGAGAUGCCAUUGCCAUGCUUGAUGAUCGGGUGGUGCUCUCCAUUCAAGGGGCUUAUCUUUUCGACUUGGAAAACGAUCAUAUAGAUUCUGGAACUGGCGCCGCGGGCUCGGUAACCCAUCUGGAGUGGAAAUCGGACAUUGACUUUUUGCCCUCAGCAGCACUUCUGUCUACACCACCCGAUUAUACGUCACAUGCUAUGAAUAUCAAAGCCGUGGGGCAGCUAUCCGCGCUUUCUGUUCUGGAGGCGGCGGAGCAGAUUCGAGACAUCGACCCAAUAUCACCACAUUUCGCAAAAUGGAAGAAAUUCAUCCAGGACGCAGCUUUCAACAUGAAAGUAAACGGACAACAAUCCAUCUACCCGGAGUCGUCUGAGUGGGCAUCACUGGAUUCCGCAGACAGACAGGAGAUGAUACGGAAGGUGACAGCAGAGACCCAAUUUACCUUUGAUGCUCCAAUUGCGGAUUGCAUACAAGUCGUUCUCGAUAACUCCAAACAGUUUAUAUCUGGUGAAAGCAGCCCAUUGGAGGUUCUCAUGAAAGACAACUUGCUGCACCACUUCCAUGGUGCGCACACGCAGUAUGCCAAUUGGAACCCAUUCCUCCCGUUACUCUGUCAUUCCAACCCUGGUCUACGAGUACUUGAGAUUGGUGCAGGUACCGGCUCCGCAACGGCGAUGGCUAUAGAGUUUCUUAAGUCCACGAGUGGGGAGCGUAUGUACGGCCAGUAUGUUUUUACUGACAUCUCCUCGGGCUUUAUGGCUGCGGCAAUGGAGAAAUUCAGUAAUGAGCAGUGCAUGGAAUAUAAAGUUCUCGAUAUCACCCUUGAUCCUGUUGAACAAGGGUUCGACCCUCAUAGCUUUGACUUGAUCAUCGCUUCCAAUGUUCUCCAUGCCACCCCCAGUCUUCAAUCUUCACUCCGUCAUGUGCAUUCUCUUCUAAAGCCCACCGGACGCUUCUUGCUGCAUGACACUAGCCCAGGGUGUAUUCACCGGCUGGUGGCUCGGGAGAAUGAUGACCGAGCAGAGCACCCGUACAUUUCACCCGAGCGAUGGGAUGGGGAGCUACGAGCUGCAGGUUUCACUGGAGCUGAUGUAACGGCUUAUGACCAAAAGCCGCCAUAUCAUAUAUCCGCCAGCAUGUUGUCACGGCCGGUGGACGAUAUCUCCAUCCCUACCGAUAUCUGGCUGCUAACAAGCAAUUCCACCCCAUCCCAGCGGGCGAGUGAUGUUGAAUCACUGUUCCGCAACGAAGGCUACACCACAAACUGGACUACGUUGGAUCAAGAGCCACCCAAAGGUAAAUUCAUCGUAUCUCUGCUGGACCUUGAAGGAGUCCCAAUAAGCUCCCUGCCGAAGGAUGAGUACGAGGUAUUCCGACGAUACAUAGAGCAAGCGCAAGAAUGUCAAAUCUUGUGGGUCACGCAGUCAACCUCUCACACCUGCUCGGAUCCAAUGUUUGGCUUAAUCCAUGGGCUAGCCCGCACUUUACGGUCAGAGCUGUUGCUUGAUCUCUCAAUUUUGGAGCUUCCUGCAUGGGAUGCUGCCGACAGAAAGGCUGUAAUCCAAGUGUGCAAGAGGAUACAGAGGUCCCGCGCUCACUCCCUUCCCGAUUCAGAGUAUGAGUAUACAUUGCAUGAAGGCGAGAUUAAGGUCGGCCGGUACCACUGGACACCUCUCGUCGAGCACCUCGCAAGUCCAUCUCGUGCAGAUGCGUCUCGAAAGCUGACUCUGACGACAUACGGGCUGUUGGAUACCCUUCACUGGGCUGAGAAAGAGCCAUCCUAUGAGUUGAGUGAGGGACAGGUUGAGGUCGAGAUGGACUACGUUGGACUCAACUUCAAGGAUAUGAUGGUUGCAAUGGGCUUCUUCGGGAACAAAGAAGAUCUAGGACUUGAAGGUAGCGGUAUUGUGCUUCAAGUUGGACCUGAUGUGACCGAUAUCGUGGUGGGAGAUCGCGUGAUGCUGAUGCAUUCUGGUGUUCUGGCCUCGAAUGUUGUAGUGCCCCAAGAAGCUUGUAUCAAGCUACCGCAGGGGUUGUCAAUGGCAGAUGCUGCCACGAUGCUAACAGCCUACGUAACUGUUCUCUAUUCGCUACUUGAGAUUGGUGCGCUGAAGAAGGGACAGGCGAGUCACUACUGUUCCGUUCUCAUUCACUCGGCGUGCGGUGGGGUUGGACUAGCUGCUCUGCAAGUAUGCCAGGCUGUUGGUACCGAGAUCUAUGCCACUGUUGGCAACGACAAAAAGGUAGCCCAUUUGAUGGAGAACUUUGGUUUACCUCGGGAACGGAUCUUCAACUCUCGCAACACAUCCUUCCAACCAGACCUGAUGCGUGCCACCGCUGGACGGGGAGUUGACGUAGUGCUCAAUUCGUUGUCCGGUAACUUACUACACGCUUCGUGGGAAUGCGUUGCGAAGUUCGGUCGGAUGGUUGAACUGGGAAAACGCGACUUCAUCGGUCAUGGAAUCCUUAAUAUGGGCCUUUUCGAAGCCAACCGAGCGUUUUUCGGCGUUGACCUCGCACACGUUUGCAAGGAAACUCCGGAGGUUCUCAAACGCACGCUGGUAACAUUUUCAGACUGGUAUCGCCAGGGGAAAAUCGGACCUAUCCAUCCUGUCAAAGUCUUUGAUGCGGCCGAUAUUCUUGCCUCCCCUGUCGUGAAGACAUUCCCGUCAUUCCGAUCCGACGCCGCAUACUUACUCAUUGGCGGGCUCGGUGGUGUUGGGCGAUCCGUGUCAACAUGGAUGGUCGAGCAGAAUGCGCGAGAGCUCAUCUUCCUCUCGCGGUCAGCUGGCAAAUCCGAGGAGGAUCAAGCAUUUAUUCAGGAACUUGAGGCACAAGGUUGUCAAGUUAUCUGCGUGCCAGGCAAUGUGGCGAACCUCAAGGAUGUAAAGGAGGCUGUUGCCAGAUCCACGCGGCCUCUUGCUGGUGUCCUCCAAAUGGCAGUUGACUUGAAGGAUCGGCCGUUCUUGCAGAUGAGCCAUGAGGAAUGGGAUGCAGCACUGGCUCCGAAGGUCGCUGGAACCUGGAACCUGCAUCAUGCCACAUUGCAGCACUCACUCGAUUUCUUUAUCGUGUUUGGGUCUAUUUCCGGGAUAUGCGGCAACAGCGGACAGGCCAAUUACGCAGCAGCAACUACGUUUUUGGAAGCAUUCACCCGGUAUCGACGACAGCAAGGACUCCCUUCUUCUAUCUUGCACCUCGGGGUGGUUGGAGAUGUUGGUGCCGCAAGUCGCAACUCCCGGUUCCUGCAGCGAGUGCAUUCAAGCGCGCUACAUGUGCUCCACGAAGCUGAAGUGAUUGAUGGGCUCGCCGCAGCAAUAAACAUAGCUUCAGUUAGUGGUUCUAACGCGAAUGGGGUAAUGGCAAUCGGAAUCGCGCACACAAGGCGCGUGGCCGAUAUCCCCAAGGAGAUGUUCCUCGGUGGACGCGACGCUCGUUUUUCGAUUUAUCCCAACUUUGACUCCGCCAGUGCUGGCGUUGGUGGGGAUCAGUCCUCUCAUGCAAAUGCGUUAAAGGCUCUCCUUGCUCAGAUACAAGCAGAUCCCUCGCUGACGGGCAAAAAAGAGACUGAGGUCGCGUUGUUGAUGGAACUGGGCAGAUUCAUCAGUCAUAAUCUUACAGGACAGACGCAGGAUCAAGGGCAGGAUUCUGCGGAUGACACUGAGGCAAUGGCCGAUAUGGCAGUUGACUCCCUCAUGGCCAUAGAGGUCAGGAACUGGCUGCGGAGAUCUCUUGGCGUGGAGAUUCCUACGGUGGAAAUCAACCGAGCAGGUACAUUAGGAGGUUUGGUGAAGGUUGUUUUGAAGGGACUUGGAGAGAAAUACGAUCAGCGUGCUACCUAA